CCGCGCGAGUGAGCAUGUGCAGAGCCGGGUGCCCGCUAGCCCGCCGCCCGCCGGCCCGCCGCCCGCUCGGCGCCCGCUGGCUCUGCCGCCGCGGCUGAGCCCAGAGGUCCGCAGCCCCGGGGAGCCCCGCGGCGGCGCACUGUGCACUGGCCGCGUCAGGCCGCUCUCCGCGGACCGCCCAGGGGCGUGCGGGCACCAGGGGCGCCCGGCUCUGGGCACUGCGGGGCUGCGGGCUCGCCGCCCGGGGGAGGCAGGAGCGUGGCCGGCGGAGCGGGCGCCCCAGCCGGCCGCGAUCGCGGAUUUCUGAGCCAGGAGAGGAGGGUCGAUAGAGCUCAGGGAUGGCGAAGGCCGUGAUGCUUAGGCAGAAGCUGCAGCUGUGGGGCCCAGUGGCCGAAGAUAAGUGAUGGUGUCAGUCGAGUACCUGGUGGAAACGGGGCAGAAGAAGCAGUAACCCCAGAAAAGCACAGGCUGGCUCCACAAUGCCGAGAUGACGCCUCCGGAGGCCCAGGCCCCCCUCCCGCCCGGGCACUAGGAGCCGUCCCCAGACUCCAGCCAGGAGCCCUGCCUCCCAGGGGCAUGGCCAAACCUUUCUUCCGACUCCAGAAGUUUCUCCGCCGAACACAGUUUCUGCUGUUCUUCCUCACGGCUGCCUAUUUGAUGACUGGCAGCCUGCUGCUGCUGCAGCGGGCCCGAGUGGCCCUGCCACAGGGUCCCCGGGCACCUGGCUCCCUGCAGGCCUUGCCCGUGGCUGCCAUGGCACUGGGUGUGGGCCUGCUGGAUAGCAGAGCCCUGCAGGACCCCCGUGUCAGCCCGGAGCUGCUGCUUGGUGUAGACAUGCUGCAGAGCCCCCUGGCCCGGCCCCGGCCUGGACCCCGCUGGCUCCGGAGCCGCAACUCUGAGCUGCGUCAGCUGCGGCGCCGCUGGUUCCACCACUUUAUGGGCGACCCCCAGGGGCUGCCUGCCCUGGGCCCUGAGGCCCCCAGGCCAGCCGCCAGCAGCAGAGGCACCUAUGUUGGAUGCUUCAGUGACAAUGGCCAGGACAGAACACUGAAGGGCUCUGUGUUUUUUGACUUGAGAAAGAUGACCGUCUCCCACUGCCAGGAUGCCUGCGCUGAGCGGUCCUACGUCUACGCCGGCUUGGAGGCUGGGGCAGAGUGCUACUGCGGGAACCGGCUCCCAGUGAUGAGCGUCGGGCCGGAGGAGUGUAAACACGAGUGCAAGGGUGAGAAGGGGUCCAUGUGCGGGGGUGUUGGCCGGCUCGCUGUCUACCGGGUGGAGGAGCUGCAGCCGAGCUCCAGGAAACGGAGGACAGUCACAUACCGCGGCUGCUUCAGACUGCCGGAGAACGUCACACACACCUUCCCCGACUCCCUGAUACAAGCCAAUGUGACCGUGGAGACGUGUUCCGGAUUUUGUGCCCAGAAAGAGUUCCCCUUGGCCAUCCUCAGAGGCUGGGAGUGCUACUGUGCUUACCCCACCCCCCAGUUUAACCUGCGGGAUGCAGUGGACAGCUCACUGUGUGUCCAGGACCCUGAGGCACAGAGGCUGGCGGAGUACUGUGAGGUCUACCAGACCCCCGUGCAAGACACUCGGUGCACAGACAGAAGGUUUCUGCCCACCAAAUCCAAAGUGUUUGUGGCUUUGUCGAGCUUCCCGGGAGCUGGGAAUACCUGGGCACGGCACCUCAUCGAGCAUGCCACCGGCUUCUACACGGGGAGCUAUUACUUCGAUGGGACUCUCUACAACAAAGGAUUCAAGGGCGAGAAGGACCACUGGCGGAGCCGGCGCACCAUCUGCGUGAAGACCCACGAGAGUGGCAGGAGGGAGAUCGAGAUGUUCGACUCGGCCAUCCUGCUGAUUCGGAACCCCUACAGGUCCCUGGUGGCUGAAUUCAACAGGAAGUGUGCCGGGCACCUGGGCUAUGCAGCUGACCGCAACUGGAAGAGCAAAGAGUGGCCGGACUUCGUCAACAGCUACGCGUCAUGGUGGUCCUCGCACGUGCUAGACUGGCUCAAGUACGGCAAGCGGCUGCUGGUGGUGCACUACGAGGAGCUGCGGCGCAGCCUGGUGCCCACGCUGCGGGAGAUGGUGGCCUUCCUCAACGUGUCCGUGAGUGAGGAGCGGCUGCUCUGCGUGGAGAACAACAAGGAAGGCAGCUUCCGGCGGCACGGCCGGCGCCCUCAUGACCCCGAGCCCUUCACCCCGGAGAUGAAGGACUUGAUCAAUGGCUACAUUCAGACAGUGGACAAGGCCCUGCGUGACCACAACUGGGCUGGGCUGCCCAGGGAGUAUGUGCCCAGAUGAUAGGCCCAGCCGCUCUGCCUGCCCCGCUGAGAGCCAGCCACCCCUGGGGCUGCACCCACUCAGGUGCUCAGGUGGUGGCCUCGCUGGGACACAAGGCUGCUUGUGCUGCUGGCAGGGAGGCUCACCCAGUGCUGCCUCCCUCACGUGCAGGGACACCAGACACAGGCCCUUAGCCCACUCAGGCAGACACGGUGUCACAGAACAGACACUCACACCUAGCCAGUCACGCUUAGACGCACCACUCCAUGCUUGCAAUGCCCAUUUUGACAAGCCCAAGACACCAUGCAGGGUGUGCCAGAUGCUCCCAGACUUGCAAACACAAUCACACAUACACGCCAGGUUAUGUGUUCCCAGAGGCUGUCAGUCUGUCCCUCUCUCACACUUAGAGACACAUGUUUUCCAGGGCUCUUGGAGACCCCCGGUUUCCUAUCUCCAGCCCCAGGCAUGGACUUGCUGGUCAGGGCUCUUGACUGUGGGGUGCUGGGCUGGGCGGGCAUCCAUGCUGUGAACAGCAAGGACUGGGGCAUGGAGGUGGGCUCACGCACUGUUGCUGCUGAGCCACGCAGCCCUGACACCCUAUAAACGUGUGGUGUGACAACUGGGCACCACGAACUCUGCAGUCCUGCCUCCCUCUUCUCUGUGGGUGGGCAGUGGCACCAUGGGCAGAGUGGAGCACCCCUCACACACACAGCAACCUCAGGACACAUGGCAGGUUCUGUGCACCCCCUGCUACCCCUUUCAGCAUGAGUGCUCCUUGGAGUGGGACCUGUUUGCCGGGCUUCUUUCUACAGCUGUCCCCAGGAAAGCUGGGCAUUCACCCAAUGCCUCAGACACAAAGUGUGAGGGUGAGGGGAUGGUGGGGCAGAGAGGGGGCUGGGCCUCAGGGGAGUCCUAGACCCAAGGGCCUAUAUGCCAUCAGGUGGGGGCUUGGGGUGGACUAGGAGAAUCCCAGGAAGGUCAGGUCUUGGGGAUCGCUGUGACGGACUGCCCUACCCAUCUUGAUAGGCCCCUGCUUUCUGUGGGUCCUGCCCUUGGGUCAUGAGGAAGGGGAACUGCAUGGUCGAUCAACAACAUAACACGUGGCCCCAGUGGCCAUGGCUACAGCUUCUGCUUGACCUCCAGUGGCUGUGGCCAAGCCUUCUCUGUCCCUAUGUCAACUCACCCCACCACUUCCCGUCACCGGUCUCUGCCAUACCACUUGUCUCUAUUUCUGCUACACUGUCAUCCUCCCCUCCUUGUUCAUCCAUUCCCUCAACAAAAGGGGGAGGACACCCAAAGCUGCUGAGACCUGCUGUGUGCUGGCCUCUGGGAGAAGGAGAAGACUAUAUGAAAGGCACCCUUUUUGCACCCACAGCUCAUUCUGGUAGGGCCAGGGGAGGGGCCAUGACAAACGGAGCAAGAAGCCCAGUAACGGAAGAGCAUGUGUGUGUGCAGGCUCCCAGUGGUCAGCUGUGUGCCUGGGUCUUCGGGGAGUGUACCUCAGUGACUUUGCCCUGGUCUCGAGAAAUCAGUAGGAAUCCCAGCAGAGUGGAGGGCAAGGAUAAUUAAGGCAAAGAGAACAGCAUGUGCAAAGGCUCAAAAGCUUGGAAAACCUGGUGUGUUUUGCAGAAGAGGUAAAAGGGACAUGGGCUGGGUGUAUCUCUCCAAGUCUACUGCAGGAUGAGGGGAGUGGGUGGGUAAGGACAAAGGUGGGACCUAAAAAAGAACUCUGUCCUUAUACAGUCACUUAGUGUUCAGCCUAAUAGGGGCAGAGGUGCUGAUGCUAAUUACCUUCCUGGGUCACCCUUCCCUAUAUAUCCUGGGCUCAGGAAUGAGGCUGUGAAGGGCAGGGGGCUCAGGUCUAGAGAUUGGAAUGGACCCAGGAGCAAUGCCUAGGACAGUAAGAUGUAGGAGAGUUGUAGAGAGCCUAACUGCACACUGACCCCUGCGGUGGGUGGGGGGAGAGAAGGGGGGAGGGCCUGAGCUUGGGCAACCCCCAAGCCCUUCUACAGCUUGUCCAGGCAUGGACUAACCCCAGCUGGGCCCUUCAUCUGAUGUCUCCUCAGCCCAAGCCAAUCUGCAUCACAAGGAGAAAAUGGGGCGAGAGGUUUGAGAAAGCUGGACAUGGGGAAGCCCUGACCCUCUGCUCCCUGGCUGGUGGUAGGGAGCUGAGAGCUACCCCUAGUGAAGGCAGGCAGGGCUGCAGGGCCCAGCAGAGCCACCCGUCCUCAGGGGGAUGCCUCUCCAGCCUUUGGUUUUGCCAAUGAGUGGGCUCAAGCAUCUGCUCCUGGUGGCCUCCAAGUUCUUCCUGAGGUUCCAUCAAACACACACUGAUGCUGAGGCUGUUCUAGACCCUCCCCAAAGCAUCAUCUGGCUCAGCUCAAAAUUGGAAACACCGAGCAUAGCUCCAUGGUCAAGUCUGCAACUGCCUGAUGAGGCUGUGUCUCCUGAGUUCUAGGAGCACUUGAGACCCACCAUGGGUUCCCAUACUGCCCUGGACACCUGCACCCCAGAGCAAGCCCAGAGUCUCAGAGGAGACACAGUUUCAACUCAUAGAAGAAAAGCUGGCAACCUCCUAAGACUGGCUCCAUGGCUGUGGCCCUCACUCCCUAGCCACCCGCCCAGAUGAUCUUCAAGUAGAAGACUCAGAAGCCAUCGGGCUGGAGAAGGCAGAGGUUUGGCUAGACAGAUGGCCUAGACCACAGCCCAGGCACAGUCCCCUGGGCUCCACCCUUCCCCACCGCAUAAGACAGGAGAGCAACAGCACACAGCCCAUGCCUCCUGGUAGAUGGAUGGGUACAUCUCCAGCAUCCAGGUACUCAGGGACCUCUCCUUCCAGGUAGAGUGUCACCUGCCCCAAUGACCCUGUAAUUUACUUGCACCUUAGCCAGGCAUGCAGAUGAGUAGAAUAAUGGGGUCAGAGUGCAUCCAGGUUGCACUGAGUCACUCUGCGUGGUGAGGGACCUGACAUUUGGCAGGUGCUUCUGGAUACUAAGCGAAGGGGUGAGUGAAGUACAAAGGACCUACCUGCUGCUGCUGGUUCUCAGCAGCCAUAGCCCUGGGCCUGCUUCUGUGGGAGAACAUCAGGGUAAGAAGAUCCACCUUUCCUUUGCUUGUGUCUAAGUUAGGUCUUGUCUAUAGUGCACAGCUUCUCCAUAAAGAGAAUACUGUUCCAACCAGCCAAGGAAUAAAAGGGGAUCCGUAUCUAGGGGAGAAAUGUGGUAAAUGCAUCAGGAGCCUAUGAACAGUGAAAUUCUGACUGUCUACAGAUUCCAUCUUUAAUAGCAAGACUGGAGUGACACAAGCCUGUGUUAAAACAUAAUUUUCAUGGAUUUCAUCUCCUGUUGUGGAUCAAUUUGGAAAGCCCAAAAUGUAUAAUUUUAAGAAGCUAAAACACAUUCUGAUAAUCCCAGUGAUGUGGAAAUGAGAGAGAAGAAUAGACAAGCUUUCAAACCCUGGGAAGAAAGCUGCUUAAUUAUGUGAGCAUCUUGUAAUGAAGUCUUUUGCAGCUAAAAUUAGAUUUUGAGUGCAUGAAUAUGCAAUAAUGUUUGCACACCAGAAUGCAUUUUUCCCCUUAAAAGUAGCAGGAGCUACUGGUACUUAGGGGGCCCCCAGAGGGGAGAUGAAAGUGCUGGGGUUGAGCUUUGUGGCUGCAAAAAUCCUUGGAGCAUAGGUCUGUUUUCUUCUGACUAGAAACUCGGAGGUGUUUGAGAUGUGAUGCCUCCAGUUCGUUCAGAUUUAGGGAGAAAUGGAUUGGUCUGAGCCCACAAUGAUCACCACUCAGGAGUGGGCAAGUUGGCCUAACAAGUAGAAGUAGAGCAGAAAUAAUACAUGGUCUGCUCAUAGAAGGGCAAGGUUGUAGUCUCAGCCCUGCUCUACUGUGAUCUUGGUCUCAGUUUUCCAUCCACAAAACAAGGGAUGUGAUGGAUGUUGUUGGCUGCAUCCCCAGUGUUCAUUCCCCCAUUUCCUUUCCCAGCAGCCCCUGAUUUCUGUCUGAGGAUUUCAUGAUCGGGCUGCACUGACUCUGUCAUCACUUCCAGGGGUGCAUGCAUGACCUAAACUAAGUCAACAGCACAUUCCAGCUCCCUGGCUACAGUGAUUGGUUCAGUAUGGCCAUGUGAGCUAAGGCAAUGCAGACAGAGGGAAUUUCAAGACUUUUUCUGGGAGUGUUGAAUAGAGAAUCUUUUUAUCCACCCUGCUGGAUGUGAAAGAGAAAGUAGGUAAACUUGGAUCUUGAUGGUGAUCAUCUUGGGCCCAUGAAAAAGAAUCACUUUUGCCCUGACAGGUUUGGGUCAGUUGGUUGGGCAUCAUCCCACAAAACAAAAGGUUGCCAGUUCAAUUCCUAGUCAGGGAACAUGCCUGGGCUGAGGGUUCAUUCCCCAGUUGGAGGGCAUCUAAGAAGCAACCAAUCAAUAUUUCUCUCUCGUGUUAAUGUUUCUCUCCCUCUCUUUCUCCCUUCCUUCCCCUCUCUCUAAAAAUAAAUAAAUAAAAUAUUUUAAUAAAAGAAAAGAA